GUCCUGAAAGCUGUUUUGGUAGAGCUAGACCAGCCUGGGAAAACAGCAUCGCAACAUUUGUGACAGCCUUGAUUUCGCAACAAAAAUAACUUGCUACAUAAGUGGCAAAGUAGUUAUCUCUGCAGUGUAGAAUACAAUCAAUAGUGAUGCCUUCGGACAGACCUUUCAAACAAAGAAGGACAUUUGCUGAUCGCUGCAAAGAGGUGCAGCAGAUUCGGGAGCAGCACCCCAACAAAAUCCCGGUGAUUAUUGAGAGGUACAAGGGAGAGAAGCAGCUUCCGGUGUUGGACAAGACCAAGUUUUUGGUCCCUGACCAUGUCAACAUGAGUGAGCUGGUGAAGAUCAUCAGGCGCCGGCUGCAGCUCAACCCCACGCAGGCCUUCUUCCUCCUGGUGAACCAGCACAGCAUGGUCAGCGUGUCCACCCCCAUCUCGGAGAUCUACGAGCAGGAGCGUGACGAGGAUGGCUUCCUCUACAUGGUUUACGCCUCCCAGGAGACCUUCGGCUGUUAGGGAGGAACCCAGAGAGAGGGG